GAAAGGGGAAAGGUCGUCUGAAAACAUGGCUGCUCCCCUGGAUGACAUGUUCUCCCUCUGCGUGGACCCCGGCAAAGUUGCCAGCAGCGUGGAUGUCAGAUUUAUAGACAAUAUCAAGGGCAAGGGUCUGUUCGCUAAAAGAAGCAUCAAGAAGGGAGAACCCAUUUUCAUUGAACGGCCUCUGGUCUCUUCUCAGUUCCUGUGGAAUACUUUGUACAAAUAUAAAGCAUGUGAGUACUGCUUGCGUGCUCUGGAGACGGCCGAGGAGAAUGCGAGGAGGCUCAGCGGCAUCCCUGGACUCAGCCUUCCUUACCCCGAGCUCUGCCGUGUCCGAUCAGAGCUGCACCAAGCCUGCCCUCAGUGUCAGGUGAUGUACUGCAGCAGCGAGUGUCGGCAAGCGGCCGCAGAUCAGUACCAUCGGGUUCUGUGUCAGGGUACAUCCCAAGAAGAUCCAGACCACCCCAUUAACAAGCUUAAAGAGGCAUGGAGGAGUAUGCAUUAUCCCCCAGAGACCUCCAGCAUUAUGCUCAUGGCCAGAAUGGUAGCUAUUGUCAAACAGGCUAAAGACAAAGCACAUUGGCAGAAGCUGUUUUCACACUUCUGCAGCCGGACAGCAAACGAGGAAGAGGAGAUCGCCCAUAAGCUCCUGGGGGAGAAGUUCAGAGGGCAGUUGGCCUUGCUACACAGCCUUUUUAAAGCAGCACUUUAUGAUGAACAUCUGAGUCGGUGGUUUGUUCCUGAGGGUUUCCGCUCUCUGUUCGCUCUGGUGGGAACUAACGGGCAAGGCAUUGGCACUAGCUCCCUGAGUCAGUGGGUUCAUGCCUGUGAUGCAUUACAGCUUCGUGCCCAGCAGAGGGAGCAGUUGGACUCCUUUAUUGACCAGCUGUACAAGGACAUCGAGAAAGAAACGGGAGACUUUCUGAACUGUGAGGGCUCUGGACUUUUUCUGCUUCAAAGCUCAUGUAACCACAGCUGCAUACCCAACGCAGAGGCGUCCUUCCCCGACAACAAUUUCCUGCUUCACCUCAGUGCCCUUAGUGACAUCAACCCAGGAGAGGAGAUCUGCAUCAGUUAUUUGGAUUGCUGUCAGCGGGACCGAAGCCGUCAUAGCAGACACAAAGUUCUGAGGGAGAACUACCUGUUUGUCUGCUCGUGUCCAAAGUGCGUCUCCCAGAUGGACGAGCUGGAUGUGACAUCAGAGGAAGAGGAGGAGGAAGAAGGCGAGGCGGAAGGUGAAACAGAGGGAGAUGAGAUGGAAGAUGAGAUGACAGAUGUCUGAUGAAAGACUUGCCCAUAUUGUUCUCUGCUGUUCCCAUUCCUGCCACCACACUAUAGAGAACAUGAAGCCCAGAAGAAUAAAGACCGAUUGAAAUCAUGAGCUGCAUAUCAUCCAGAAUUGUUGGCAUUAGUCGUGUGGAAAAAAACGUCUUAUUACCAAAACAUUUCACCUUUUCUUUUCUUUUGCAGUGUCAGGGAUCAGCCACAGAAAGUGCUUAAGUGCUUAAGCUUUACUCCAGCACACUGGAUUUUACAUGAAAAAGAGAAUGACUUAGUUAAAGUGCUGACUUUUAGCUUAUAGCAGCUAUAAUUCAUAUUUUUUAUAUAUUAACAACAAAUCACAUUACUACUUGUAUUUGAAAGGGGGUCGCACGUAAUGUCAAACCCACAGAGGUACAUACAGAGUUGCAUCCAACCCUGCAGGUCCUCUCAGCUUUACACUGCUUUUAGUGUCUUUUAACUCAUUGUUUUGGUUCAUUCUCACCGCUCUCAUCAGUAUUGUUACUAGUUGCAGAAGGCAGCUAUUUUCAGGGAACAAGCUGUAAAAAAAAAAAAAAAAGUACUCUACCUGCUCAGCAAACAGACAAAGUUAGCAAGUAGUUGGGGAACAAAGUGGAGCAUUUUGCAGCUAAAGAACCAUAUCUUUACCUCAGAGUUGGAUUUUUAUUCAUCAGGUUGACACAAAUAUAAAUAAAUUCAAUGCCAAUGUUGGUACGUGUCUGUCAAAUGUGCAAAUUGGCACACCUUUGCAUGUUAACACAUUUGUCACAUCAACAGGGUACACAAUAGUCUUUAAGCACCAAUAUUGGGCAUACAGUCAAGGAAUCAUAGACCUUUUGACUGUAGAAAAAGAUUAAAAUUUCGACAAAGUUAAUCAGAUUUGCCCUAAUAUUAGUGCUUGUCUCCAUAGUUACAGUUUCAUUUAAAAUUCAAUGUGCAGGAGUACAGAGACAAAAAAAUAACUCUCUUAAUUCUGACUGCACUGUGUUGAACCUCCAGGUCUGCAAAAUGCAACUCAUAAGAAUACUUUUUGUUUGUUCCUGACAACUUCAAAAGUAAAGCAUAGAGAUUCAACAAAGAACAGUUGGUGUCCAGGUGUUUUCUCCACGUAUUAAAAGUUUCUUUCAACGUUAAGCAUACUGUAUUGAAGAGGCUUCUAAUUUAUAUUCUGUUGUAAUUACAUUCCUGUCAUAUAGGAGGCAUCCUGCUAGUGAAAUAUUGUUUGGUUUUCAUACCAUGAUAUAUGGGGUUAAGUUAAACCUUAUUUAAUGUAUUAUGGAGACCUUGAGUGGAAAAUUGCUUUGUCGGUAACUGUUUGCCCUUUGUUGAGAACUGUAUUUCAACCGCGGUUCCACAUGAGUGAAAUUGCUGCUGCCCACACAUGAAUCAAUAUUACAAGAAUGACUGUAAUCACAAAUACCAAUAUUUUCAGUUACUUGACAAUGAUUGGAAGUAUUGAGUGAGUAAUCCCAAAAUGUUCAGUUAACAUUCAGCACAGUGGCACAAAACAGCUUUGUAAGUCACACAAGUAUAAUUUAAAUAUUAUAACAGCAGCAAACAGGAUCCUAGCAGUUGUCAUUUUUAC